AUUAGAAAGGAACAACUAAAUUAAAGUCUUUAUUGACAAAAUAAGUUCAAUCUCUCCCAAACUCGUUCAAUACAAGCGGCUCGACCCCGUCGAAACUCUUGCCUACCCUUUUGAAUAUUCAUUGUCCUACUGUCGCUUCAUUUUUCAAGAGGGUAUUGGAUAAGAGAUAAACACAGACUUCUGUUGUCCGUGGGGUUGAAGAGUCGUCAAUAAAUCUUCCUAGGGCUUUCCCCCCUCGGAAUCAUUGCUGAGCAUUUGCAAUAAAAAAAAACAAAGUAUGCCACUCCAUACUAUUUUCUUCCUCGGAUUUAAAAGGUUAAAAUUAUGUUCGGUCUCUUGCGAUGGCUGGGAUUUCAAGGUUUUGGUUUGGGGAUAGGGAUGACAAAUUACAUGUCAUUAUUUUCCCUAUUUUACAUGCGAGAUUUCUGGCUGAUGUGUUGUUGUUCGCUGUAGGAAAGGAAAGUUCAAGGAGAAUCGACCAAAAAUUAACUCUGCCCCUCAUUUCAAAGAAGAAAACGAAUCUGCCGUACGCGGAUCUUCCAAAGAGCGCAAAUUUAGUCUUGGAGGUAGUUGGCAUGUCAUGUCCUCUUUCUCGGUGAUGAACACAAGUAUGAAAUUCUCAUAGCGUGGCCUCUUACUAUUGAUUCCGCCACUUUUAACUAUCAAAUUGACAGCAGCAAACAACAACCCGUUCUCUGUGACGACUGGAACCAUGGUGGGCUUUGUCUCAUGUAUAUUACAUUGGCUGAUCUCUGUAUUUGAAUGCUUGUUAGGCUACUCUCCCUCCGAAUCAUCACGAGCCAUGUCUCCAGAAGUUGUAUCGCCAGCACAUCCAAACCGUCCCAUCAGACCUCUGCCCAAAAGACGUCUUCGUGAACGCCUCUCUCCCAAUGUCGCCGAAUCAAUCAAAUAUCCACCCGCACCCAAAAUUCAAACCCCAUUGUUCUAUUAUCCAUACACUGUACGAGAUGAUGUUGGAGCAAGUACACUGGUAGAGUCUCCACGUCCAAAUGAACGCCCCCAGGUAGAUAAUGUCGACCAAAAUUAUAUCCCGCGGCGGAAUGGAGAAGAUCCAGAAAGUGAAGAAGAGGAGGUUUACCGUAACGCGCGACUCUACCCAAGGCAAUCAGUUGACAACUCUGGUCGUUCCUACCGCUAUGUUCAAAAGCCCGAUUCAAAACAUCCAAAUCCCCACCCUCCUGGCUCAACUGCUUCAUCUGCGGAUGGAUAUGACUCAUUUGAAAAUACAAAUAACAAAAAGAAACGCAAGAUUCCCACGCCCGGAGAUUCCAACAUCAAUGGAGCUCUUCUCUCAAAUGAUUUAGCAGGCAUGGGAAUAUCUGGUCCAGAAGAAGAGGAUGCCAAUAGUGCAGGAUAUUACCAUGCCGGUGGCUCAAUAUCUCAAGGAUUGUCGGGCCCUGGAAGAGGCAGGUAUGGCCGAAAUCGCAAUGGCAGAAGUCCAUUAAGGACGUUGUGUGACGUUUCGGGUAACUGGGGCAAUGGUCGCAAUUCCAAACAACGACCACCCCAGUGGCCACUAACUCGUAAGUUUUUCUCUCAUCACUCCCAGGCUGCGCUUCACGUUUACUGACAACUUUUGCAAAGCCGAGACCCCAGGUAUUAUCACAACUGCGAUUGCAAAUGCCGAAAAAGAAACUCCAAUAACUCCUUCUAAAGGGCAAGAGAAUAUCAGUUUAUUGCAACAGCAGGCAUUAAAGAAACCACCCCCCACAUCUACUCAAUUCACUUUUACUUGUGAUUCUCAAGUACCAACAGGACUGUCCUGGCCUGUGUCAGAUAACACAAGUAUGCAUCAAAGUCCAGCUGCAAGGUCGGUGAUAGCGCAUGGAACCCAAACAAGUCCGAAUAUGCAAGCAAAAUCACAACAAUCAGCGCAUACACAAAAGCAAAAUGUGCCUCAAACAGCGCCACCAAAGAGAACUCGACGUCGGGCAAGCAAAGAAUACCAAAUUGCUGCUCGCCAGCGUCGUCAACAACAAGAAUACCAAAACAUGACUCAUCCUCCUAAUCCUGAAGAUAUUUGGAUUUGCGAAUUUUGCGAAUACGAGAGCAUCUUUGGUGGCCCCCCCUCAGCUUUGAUCAGGCAGUAUGAAAGAAAGGAUAGGCGUAUCAGGAAGCAGGAGGCGGAGAGGAAAAGAUUACUCGAGAAGGCAAAGACGAAAGGGCGCAAGGGAAAAAAGGGUAGCAAAACUACUGCAAAAGGACCUCCACAGGAUCGCCAAUCUCAACAUCAAAACUCUCAGCAAGGUACCCCGGUCGAUCAGAACCAUGGUCAGGAAACGCAAAGUGAAGAUUAUCCAGACGAUGAGUACGACCAAGAAUAUGCUCAAGAUCAUCCCAUCUCACCCGGAGCUUCUUCAUCUUUCCGUCCAAGUGAAGUCUUACAAGCUGAUCAAGGCAGGCGUCUCGAUGGAAAUAUUGGAAGAAGUAGCGACGGGCGAAUUGUGACUUGAUCACCGGUUUCCGAGAUUAUCUCCCUGACGGUUACUUUGGCACUCAUCGGACAGAAUUAUUCACUAUUCUACAUUAGGAUAUGCCCCAUAGCCUUCAUUUACACGGUUUGGUGCGAGGCACAACCGAACAGCAUUUUUUCCAUCCUUUACAUCGGCAUAAGUACGCAAACGUUAAACAAAAAGCGCCAUCAUUGAACCCUACGAAUUAGCAUUAAGCAUCAGAUACCUUUGAGUGUUUUGUCUUCAUUGCAUCACUCCCCUCAAGCAGAAGUUUCCCGUGGGUUGGACAGUCAGGUGGAAGAGACAGACAAGAUUUUCUUAAUCAAUAAGCCACAGUACUAGAACCAACUGCAUUGUACGUGUACAAUAUAGCUAGACCUGGGUUGAUAAUAUAUCUCUUCCUCCCAAUUCUUCAUCCCGCUUGAAAUAUUUACUUUUAAUUUGGGGGCGAGUGUCAGUGCUUAUGAUGUAACAGAUAAGUGAUUUUUCAAUUCAGUACAAGCAACACAAGAUUUCAUCCACCUGAUAAAUUUUCUAAUA